CACGGACACACAGACGAGUGUUACGGUUAAUGACAGUUUCUCCCCCAGGAAGACAGCCCCUCUCAGUCCACUGACAGCUGCACACACUCGAGCGCUGCAUACGCCCCUUGGCUGCUGCUGUCGAUACAGCAUGCCAUGCCCUCUUGUGACGUGUCAGCUCCCUACAUCAUGGUGCACACCACUCGAUCGAUGCAUACAUACCCAGUGGUCGCCCAAGUAAAACCCGCAUAUGUGCUGUCUGUUGAGGCGCCAGCGGCCCUGUCAUAUGACGCAUAGACAGCGGUGCCUAGGCCACGUGCCGCGUACACACGGCACGUGCGCAUCGCUGCCCACAUUAUAUGCAGGGACAGCCAGGCAGCCGCCACAGCCAGCAGACACACAAGAUGCAAAGACUCGCCUGCCCCUGUCUCUUCUCUCUCCUCUCCUCUCCUUUCCUCUCUCCCCGGACUCACUCACGUGUGAUCGUACAGAAGCGGCGUUGUCACGCUGCUUUCCCUGUUUCGCCGCCCCUCAUGGCCUCUAGCUGCUCUAACAAAAUGGCCUCGCGACACAGUGCCCGAAUCUGGCAACCCCUUUGAAGAAGGUUCCCCGCGCGCUGAGCUCGCCAAGGAAGAUGACGGCCAAGGUGAGGAUGUAGCCUGCCCAGCUAUGCUGUUUGAAGAUGGCGAUAAAAAGGAACGUAAUGCUUGUAGCCCCGAACGCACAGCAGAAGAAGAUGUCCCACCGGUGAUCUCAUCGCGCUGAAAGGAAAAACAGUCAGUGGCAUUCAUCAAGAGGAAGACAAGAACACAUCAAUGACCAGCAAUCUCGCCCACCGUCUCGCUUCAUGCUGUCUAACCGUGGCCGUCUCCCUGGCUGACUCAAGCGAUAUUGUGACGACAAUUGGCUCCUCCCCCUCCCGUCCGUGGCCUUGAAAGCUGUCAGCAGUCACAUGGUACAGGAGCUCGGGAUGGUCUCGGAUGCGCAUCGCCAUGGACCCCACAUCAUUCAAAAGCGGUGCGCACUUGGCAUGGAGGAGCUCCUUCAACGCCGAUGAGCCGAUGCCGCUCGUGAAGGUCACAAGCUCGUCGGCGACGUCCUGUACAGAGCCAUCUCGGGCCACAAGCUGCACAAGGAAUCUGCGUUCUAUCUGGAAAGGGUUCACCAACCAGUACCAGCACACAGAGGAGGAAGGAGAGCGCACGAUGCGCAUGGCGUGUUCGUGCUUCGAGGCGCGUACCUGUUCGCCCAUUCAUCUUCGCAUUGCUAGCUCGCCGCAUCCUGAGUGCUACACACAAGCUACAGUGAGGAAGAGAGUGAGCGAUCCCCCCCCGCGCCCCCCCAGCGACAAAGAGGAGGAGUUGCAGUACCUGCCUGCAGUAAGGUGUACCGAAAGGAGAGAGAGGAUGAGAGAGACUCAUGCCAAAGGGCGGGGGGAUGAGGGGACAGAGCAGCCAGAGCCUU